GUGUCUUCAAAAAGGACACCCCACCCACUCACUUGUUAGUUGUCUUUGUUUUCUUCUUUAUUAGCUCUCAAAAUUUUACUUAAAAACAAAAGUUACAAGAAGAAGUAAAAGAGAAAAAUGGGAAGAGCCCCAUGUUGUGCAAAAGAAGGAUUACGUAAAGGGCCAUGGUCUUCUCAAGAAGAUUCAUUACUCACUAAUUAUAUUAAUCAACAUGGUGAAGGCCAUUGGAGAUCUUUGCCUUUAAAUGCUGGGUUGCUUAGGUGUGGGAAAAGUUGCAGGCUAAGAUGGGUGAAUUAUUUAAGACCGGGGAUUAAAAGAGGAAAUUUUUGUGAAGACGAAGAUGAUCUUAUUGUGAGAUUACAUUCACUUUUGGGUAAUCGAUGGUCACUAAUAGCGGGGCGAUUACCUGGUCGAACGGAUAAUGAAAUCAAGAAUUAUUGGAACACGCAUUUAGUCAAGAAGCUUAAAAAUACCGGAAUUGACCCAAAACCCCUCAAGAAUUUCCCUAGAAGGAAAAAAACUCAAAAGGAGGGGAAGAAAUGCAAGAGUCAGAACUCUAAGGGUCAAAGUGUACAAGUCGAGAAGAUUAAAGUAUUUGCACCAAAGCCCAUAAGGAUUUCUUGUGUGAAUUCAAGGGACAAUAGUUUUGAAAAUGAUACGUUGAGUACAAGUACUUGUUCCUCAAAUAGUAAUUUUGAAGAAGUUGAUGUUGGAAAAGAAAAGGAAAAUGAGGUGAAUUUUCUUGCAAGGGACUUAGAUUUUGGUGAAUUACUUAAAGGGGAUGAAUUUUGUGAUGAAUUUCUAAUGGGAGAAAGUUUCAAUUUUUCAAAACGCCCCUUUUCAUUGGAUGAUAAUAUGGUGGAGAAAGUGUAUCAAGAAUAUCUUCUACUUCUUAGUUAGAUAGUUUUUUUUUGUUUUUAAAGUUUGCAGAUUAACGGUUUCUAGGAAUGUAUAUAAAGUUUAGUUUCUUCUAAUAUUUUAUGAAAAAUAAAAAGAACAAAGAUUUGUUAUGA